AUGGCUGAAAAAUGCCCCUCUUCGCCCUGGGAGCGCUGGGUACGAGGUCCCGGCAAAGGCCAGGGAGUCGGGGGGAGUAUUUCUACUGUCGAGGCUGAAAAUGGAAUUUUAAACAGAGCUCAAGAGAAGCAAGUGGAGCGCAGAUUGCGUCUGAAAGUAGAUAUUCGAAUGUGUACCAUUGCUGGAAUCCUAUGCAGUUUGAACCUGCUAGAUUCCGGCAUCAUUUCCUCAGGCUCGGUAACUAGCAUGAUGACCGAUCUCUCGCUGGAGGGAACUCGAUACUCAGUAGCUAUCUUUAUUUUCACCAUCUCAAGUGUUGUCUUUCAGCUUCCAUCCACAGUCGCAGUCCGCUUCAUUGGCCCUCGCAUAUGGUUCUCUCUGAUCACUAUGUUCUUUGGUCUGAUUACUAUGUGCACGGCUUUUAUACAAAGUUGGAGACAGAUGAUUGUCCUCCGGAUCCUUUUGGGCAUUUCCAUGUCUGGGGUCUAUCCAGGAUUGGCAUAUCUGAUCAGUACCUGGUAUACACGGGAAGAGCAGCAGCUCCGUUUUGUUUUUCUGCAGGCUGGAGAGGUUCUAGUUCUGGCAUCUGGGAACAUCAUGAAUUUCGGCUUAAAUCACCUCGAUGGCCAAACUGGGCUUGAGGGGUGGCGGUGGAUGUUCCUGGUGAUCGGCCUUAUCGCCAUUUUCGUGGGCAUCACCACGUAUUGGUGGAUGAUUGAUUUCCCUGAAAAUGCGCAUCGAAGCUUCCGCUUCUUUACUGAGUCGGAGGCGGAGAUAGUAACAGGGAGGAUCCAGAAAGACAGAAAAGAUGCAUUCCCGGAGCCAUUUUCCGUGUCCAAGAUCCUGGCUCAUUUUCUCGAUUUCAAACUGUACGGAUUCAGUUGUCUCUUCUUCCUCUUGAACCUGGUGUCAACCUCCCUAUCGUACUUUCUGCCAAUCAUCCUCCAGGGAGGCAUGGGCUUUGAUGCAAACAAGUCCAUUCUACUUUCUGCACCUCCAUACUACUACGCCGUCAUCCCCGUCCUCCUCACCUCCUUACUGGGGGACAAACUGUGCCUCCGCGGACCCCUCAUCUUCUUCAACUCCCUCAGCUUAAUUGCCGGCUUCCUAAUGCUUGGCCUCCCAACUUCCAAGCAAGUCACUGUCCGCUAUAUCGGCACAUUCCUCGCCACGGGUGCGUAUGUUUCCAACUGCGCUGCUCUGAACGCUUACCAGGCUAACAACAUCGUUGGCCAGUGGAAACGGACCACCGUUGCGGCUUCGGUGACUGCCUCUAACGGUCUCGGGGGCAUUGCGGGCAGUUUUAUUGUGAGAUCUAGCGAGGCGCCAACGUAUGAGACGGCGGUUUGCGUUUCUAUUGUGUAA